AUAAAAAGAGUCCUUACUCUCAACCUAUGUUACCCCCUCUAUUCGAUUCUUAGUCAUUAAAAUGGCAUCGUCCUUCAAUGUCAUUAUUGGUCGGUCCACACUGAUUGAGAUCCGAGUUUUGGUCUCUCAAUCUCACAUCUGUAUGAAGUUCCUUACCCCCAUGAGGAUAGCAACAUUACGAGUCAACCAGGAGGUGGUCAUGGGGGUUGAGGUACUUGAUAACAAAUCUGAAGAUGAAACUCGAGCUGCUCCAGUUGAAGAUGUCGAGGAAGUGUAGAUUAAUGAUAAAGAUCUGAAUAGAAAGACACAUCGGAACUCAAUUGAAUCUAGAAGAAAGAGGAAAACUAAUAGCUUUUCUUCGAGUUAAUAAAGACGUCUUUGCUUG